AUGAAAACGCUCCUGUACGGCUCGCAAAUGGCCGUCCUUGUGCUGCUGCUGGUUUUUCGCCUUCUACCCAACGUCCAAAGCGCUGCUCGGAGUGGAGGGACCUUCAAGGCUGGUGUGGCAGCCAGUCUUACGGGAAAGUUCUCUGAAUGGCGGGACGCAGUGAACGGUUACAAAUUAUGGGCCGAUGCUGUGGCGGCUGCUGGAGGGAUCGCCGUGCGGGACAAAAACGGCACGACCUACACGUACGGCAUUGAUUUGGUAGUACUUGACGACAACAGUACGGCACAGGGCCAUGUUGCCGCGGUGGACGCGCUGCUCAACAUCCACAAGGUGCAUUUCGUCCUGGGGGCGUCCCUGAUCUUCACGGAGGUCGAGACGGAGCGGGCGAACAAAGUCGGGCGGCUCAGCAUCCAGUGCUGCGCUGGCACCUCCAGCAUCUACUCACGGGACCAGAAGAACGUGUUCGGAAUAUCGGUUGACAAUGCCCUCUACACGUCGGAGCUAAUCACUGAAUUCCGCUCCAAAGAUCUCUACAAGCUGGCUGUCAUCUACCGAGACGACGUGUUAGAGCUUCGGAGCGCCUGCGAGGGGGUAGUGUCGCAGGCCCAAACACAGCUGCUUACCGUGGUCUUGGAGCUGCAUUACUCCGAUAGCAGUGGCGGCAGCAACACCACCACCUCCCCCGACCAGCAGCUGGCGGCCCUCAUGGACACGCUGGCAGAUUCCUCCGCAGAGGCGCUCAUCAUGUGUGCACUGCAGGAUGAGAGCAACACCGCGGCCACGAUGAUCGACCAGAGACGCAAGCCGCUGAAGGCGAUCGUGUUUAUGGGCGGUGCGUACAACAGGCGCUGGAAUGACCGCCUGGGCAACCUCUCGGUGGGCGUGCUGUCCUUUGCUCAUUGGGCACCUGAUCUCAUCAACCGCAAAGACAACUUUUGGGGCGAUUCAAAGUCGUACGCGGGGAAAUAUCAGAACGCAUUCAACGACACUGCUACGCACAUCGCAGCAGCCGCCUCUGCCACUGGGUACGUGCUGCAAACGGUGCUCUCGGAAGUGUUUCGGAGCUGCGACUUGAGCCCCGAGGCCCUGGCGGAUCCCUCCGUGCUGCUCUUCACCCCGGGUGCUAUCGCUUGCUCUGACACCAACAACCGGGGGCACGACCGGCUGCUGGCGGCUCUGUCCACUGCCAACAUGGACACGUUUUAUGGCGCUGUCAACUUUGACAGAUUUCGGCAGAACCAUGGAUACAGUCCCGUCAUACUGCAGACGUAUGAGAUUUCGGAGAGCCUUAUGCGAGCGUACAAGCCCUCUGUGGUGCUCCCUCUUUCUGCGGCCACUCGACCGCUGCUUCUGCCGCAGCCCAACCGCUACGCUCUGACGUGCCAGCCAGGAACCCAUAGAGGAGAGGACGACUUCCAGCCUUGCAUCGAGUGCAGGCCCGGUCAGUUCCAAGAGUUCCCCGGGCGAACCAGCUGUGAGCUGUGCCCCAAGGACCAUUUCGCUAACGCCUCCGCCAUGCCCGUGUGCCUGGCUUGCCCGUACAACACGUUGACCAUUCAGCGAGGGUCCACAAACCUCACUGAGUGCCUCUGCAAGCUGGGCUACUACAACAGUGCGGGCCUUCCGGGCCUGCCUUGCGAGCCCUGUCCAGCAAAUGCGCUGUGCGAGGGAGGUACGAGCCUGCCCGUACCCCUGCCUGGCUUCUACGCGGAUCGCCGGGCUCCCUUUCAGAUGUAUCGCUGCAACCCUGCUAGCGUUUGCACGGGAAACUUCACUUGCCAGACGGGAUACCGGGGCCGGAUGUGCUACGCAUGCGGCAAGGGCUACUUCCGGUUCCUAGGGAACUGCGUACCCUGCCCGCGCAACAAAUCAAAUGUGCUGGGCUAUCUGAUUAUUCUUGCCUCCUUGUGGAUCUUGAUCAACGUGUGGUUUGCGCGGGCUGUGGAGAACCUCAUGGUCAUCGUGAACUUCUGCCAGUUGAUGUCGAUCGUCCUGUAUCAGGUAAUGAGUCUAUCGAGCAUUCUGUCCUUCGAAAUCGAUUCCCUGGAGCCCACCUGCCUGGUCCCCGAGUGGGGUUUCGCGCACAACCUGGUCGUACAGCUGCUACUGCCGCUGAUCAUGACGCUGCUGGUGGGGAUUUGGAUUGGCGCCACUUACCUGAUAUAUCGUUUCCAGCAGGCCCGCCUGUCACGCUCGGCUAGGCAAGCCGCGAGUAUGCAGCGAGCCCAUUCGGCGCCGUGGAAGCAGGUGUUGUGGGAUAUGCUGGAUAUUCCUACUGACCGCCGUGAGCUCCAAAGCAUGUACUUGGAGCGUUGGGCCGUUCCCCUGAACUUCCUUAACAUCGGGUUCCUGGUGCAACUCAAGUAUAACCUGAAUACGUUCAGCUGUACGACAAUUAACGGUGUAAAGUACAUGUCGGCGUCGCCAAACGAUGAGUGCUACACGCGCAAGCACUGGAACCUGAUGAUGCUUGGCUUGUCAGGCGUGGUCGUCUACAACUUCGGGUUCAUCUGCUUGUACGCCCACGUCAUGCGGCAGGUACGUAAGUACCGUGCCCUGGGAGAUAGGCGCCCGCUACUCCUGUACGGCUGGAUGUACGAGCGGUACGAGGCACAGUUCUGCUGGUACGAAACCGUCAACAUCUUCCAGAGGAUCACUUUCGUGCUGGUGGCGUUGUUUUCCAACGACCCGGCACUGCAAGCCUUGCUGUGCAUGGUCAUCAGUGUUGCCGUUCUCCUCUUGGAUGUCCGUACAUCCGCGUACAUGGACAAGCGCAUCUACAUGCUACAAGCCAUCAUCGACGGCGUCAUGGGCGCCUUAUUGGUGGCUGGGCUGCUGUUUUACAAUCCACUCAGCGAGCCCUCUGUCGCGCGAGGCGUAGAGUUUUUGUUGUUCAGCGCCGUCAUCGUGGCCUUCGCGAGUGCCGUGGUGUCGAUCAUCGAGGCACUGGCCACACGGUUCAUCAUCAUGUGGCUGAUGUCCAAACACAGGCCCAUUGCCGCUAAGAUUGGACAGCGGGUAAAGGGCUACAGACACGUAUACCACAUCUUUGGGCCCAUCUUCCUCAUCAAAUGUGCGGUGCUCGUCGACUACGUACACCCAACCUCCGAUGUGUCGUACUUAUCACUCAAGAAGUCCGGACGUUUCUGGCGGUACCUGCUCGGCAACUUCCCCGAGAUCAUCGGUGAGGGGUUUGAGAUGUACAGCGCGUGCAGUGAUGACUACCUGGUUUCGGUGCAAGAGGAACAGAGAGAACAAUUCAACAGCUUCAUCGAGGUCAUGUACGACCAUUUCUUCGACACGAAAGACGAGCACCAGCACCAGGUCUAUUACUACAUUCAUGACAAGUUCAAAGCCCCGUUUGCCCAGUGGCUCAGCAGUUGUGAAGACGACGACCGGGUCAUGAGAUCCGCCUUGGAGAAGGCCAAGGGCGUCAAGGCCGCGUCCGAGCUCUCAGCGGCGAUGAACCGCUCCAAAAAGAUAGCCAGCGCCGUUACCGUGCUGGCCGCCAUCGACAAAUUUAAGCGCGGAGGCGGCAACGCAGGCGGCGCCGCAGGACGCACGUUCGCGACCUCCGUGCGCUUCCAGAACCUGCCGGAUCUCGAUACCAUCGCGCGGGUGUCUACGGGCGGUGCACUGUCAACAUCAUCGUCUGUGACUGCCGCCUUCAGCGCAAACUCAGCCUGUAGUGGUGGCGGUCCUGCCGCCGGGGUCAAGUCCCUGCUGAGGGUGGAGAGCAGCCUUGCAGGGGACUCCGCGGGCGCGUCCGAGUCGGGCACAUGCAGCCAUACACCUCCGCGACCGACACCGUUGCUAACUGCUUCGCCUGUCGGUAGCAAAUCCGCCUUCGCUAGUCUGGCCGGGGCAUCGACAAUGGUGGCGGCGGCGGACGAUGGCAAGAAACCGCCGCCGCCGCCGCCUUUACCGUUACCGCCGCCGCCGCCACUGGACAGCUCCACAGGCUACAUCGAUCGCUACGAGGGCCCUAUGCCGUCUCUGCACCCGGGAACGCGUAUCCCCUCGACAGCAGCCUGA